AUGGAGCAAGUGGAUCCACGUCACCGUGCCAACACGGAGGAGAAACCAUACCGCCGUCUCUGGUCUUUCUCGGAGCACCUGAAGUAUAGUCCCCGUGUGCACCUUGGAGAAAGGCCUCUAACCUGUGACAAGUGUGACAGGAGUUUGACUCAAGGUGUCGCUUUAAAGAUUAAUCAGCCGACUCAUCCUGGAGAGAAACCCUACACCUACGACCAGUGUGGGAAGAGUUUCACACUACGUAGACAUUUAAAGAUCCAUCAGAACAUUCAUACUAGAGAGAAACGCUUCACCUGUGAGCAAUGUGAGAAGAGUCUCACAACACGAAGCAAUUUGAAGAUUCAUCAGCGGAUUCAUACUGGAGAGAAACCCUACACCUGUGAGCAGUGUGGGAAGAGUUUCAGUCAAAGAAACACUUUGAAGUCUCAUCAGAACAUUCAUACUGGAGAGAAACCCUACACCUGUGAGCAGUGUGGGAAGAACUUCACAGUACGAGGCACUUUCAAGCGUCAUCAGCGGCUUCAUACUGGAGAGAAACCCUACACCUGUGAGCAGUGUGGGAGGAGUUUCACACAACGAAGCACUUUGAAGACUCAUCAGUGGAUUCAUACUGGAGAGAAACCCUACACCUGUGAGCAGUGUGGGAGGAGUUUCACACAACGAGGCACUUUGAAGACUCAUCAGCGGAUUCAUACUGGAGAGAAACCCUACACCUGUGAGCAGUGUGGGAAGAGUUUCACACAACGAGGCACUUUGAAGACUCAUCAGCGGAUUCAUACUGGAGAGAAACCCUACAACUGUGAGCAGUGUGGGAAGAGUUUCAGCCGACUAAGUCACACUUCUAUUAAUCAGCCGACUCAUCCUGGAGAGAAACCCUACACCUGCGACCAGUGUGGGAAGAGUUUCACACUACGUAGACGUUUAAAGAUCCAUCAGAACAUUCAUACUAGAGAGAAACGCUACACCUGUGAGCAAUGUGAGAAGAGUCUCACAACACGAAGCAAUUUGAAGAUUCAUCAGCGGAUUCAUACUGGAGAGAAACCCUACACCUGUGAGCAGUGUGGGAAGAGUUUCAGUCAAAGAAACACUUUGAAGUCUCAUCAGAACAUUCAUACUGGAGAGAAACCCUACACCUGUGAGCAGUGUGGGAAGAACUUCACAGUACGAGGCACUUUCAAGCGUCAUCAGCGGAUUCAUACUGGAGAGAAACCCUACACCUGUGAGCAGUGUGGGAAGAGUUUCAGUCAAAGAAACACUUUGAAGUCUCAUCAGCGGAUUCAUACUGGAGAGAAACCCUACACCUGUGAGCAGUGUGGGAAGAACUUCACAGUACGAGGCAAUUUGAAGAUUCAUCAGCGGAUUCAUACUGGAGAGAAACCCUACACCUGUGAGCAGUGUGGGAGGAGUUUCGCACGACGAUGGGAUUUGAAGACUCAUCAGCGGAUUCAUACUGGAGAGAAACCCUACACCUGUGAGCAGUGUGGGAGGAGCUUCAGCCGAUGUCAGGCUUUAAAGAAUCAUCUAAAGAUUCAUGCUGGAGAAUAA